AUGUGGACAGGCGCGGUAGACGCUCAUAAAUGGUAUGUGAAUUGGAUUGUGAGGAGAGGUGUGGAGGGAUUGGCAAAGGGUGAGGUAGAUGGCGGGGGGAAUGCUACGGCUAUUCUUGCAACUGAACUCAGCCUCGCGGCAAAGUGGGAGAUGGGUCCUAUAGAUUGUCAAAAUAUUACGAUUCAAAUCGAAGGUACGAGUAGAGACUGGUGCAGUGUCGAUAAGCUUAUUCUCCUCAACGUUACACUUAAUAACGUGCAACCCGUCGAUUUACUCCCAACGACCAGAGGCGCUACGUGCUUCUUCAAAGGUUUCACUGUUACGGAUACCAUGGCGACCGGGUAG